GCUUCCGUGGCUACGCUUGUGCGGCGCCCUCUUUGCUUCUAAAGAAUCCCAACCCGGUAGCUUCGCGAAGUGCAGAAGAUGGCUACCUCGCCGCGGACGCUGGCGGCCACCAAGGUUCCCAUCGAGGGCAGAUGCAGUUACUUUGUGGAAAGGAAGAAUCGCUUCUGUCGGAUGGUGCCGGCGGCAGGGAGACGCUUCUGCGGAGAGCAUGCUUCCGGAGUGGGCGCGGAAGAAGAAAAUAACAGGAAAAGAAUAUUCUGUCCCCUAGAUCCAAAACACACAGUAUAUGAAGAUCAGCUUGAAAAACAUUUGAAAAAAUGUAACUCGAGAGAGAAACCAAAACCUGACUAUUUUAUUCAAGAUAUUAAUGCAGGACUAAAAGAUGAAACAGAAAUCCUUGAUGAAGUGGUCCCAAUUUCUUCGCUAUCUAAAGAGCAAUUGGAAAACUUAAUUAAGAAAUUGAGAAAAGCCAGUGAAGGAUUGAAUUGUAUACUUAAAGAUCAAAUAAUGUCACAUCCUGCAUUGCAUGAUGUCCUAAAUGACCCCAAAAAUGGUGAUUCUGCAUUCAAGCACCUGAAACAGCAGGCUUCAAUUUUAGGUAACAUUGAAAGAUUAAAUUUACUGGGACCAAGAAGAUGCUUUGUUGAAUUUGGAGCUGGAAGGGGAAAAUUGUCUCAUUGGGUUGAUAUUGCCUUACAAGAAGCUGAAAAAGUCUACUUUCUGCUAGUAGAAAGGGUGACUACAAGAUUCAAGGUAGAUGGUAAACACAAAAACCGAAACUCUGUAUUUGAAAGGCUUCAAAUUGAUAUUCAACAUUUAUGUUUGAGCAAAAUACCUGUGCUAAUAAAAGAAAAGUUACCUGUGGUUGGAAUUGGAAAACAUUUAUGUGGUGUGGCAACAGACCUUGCAUUGCGAUGUUUAGUUGAAACCUAUUCUACCAGAUGCAAAGAAAGAAAUGAGGAACCAGUAGCCAAGCGUAUAAAGAAUGAUACAAUGGAUGCAGAAAAUGAAACUUUGGUAAAUGAAGGAAACAAAAAGAAUGAAUUAGAGCAGUGGAGCCCUGUUGCUGGCAUCGUUAUUGCACUCUGUUGUCAUCACAAGUGUGAUUGGAGGCAUUAUGUGGGUAAAGAAUUUUUCAAGACCCUUGGACUUGGAUCAGUGGAAUUUAACUAUUUCCAACGAAUGAGUAGCUGGGCCACUUGUGGAAUGCGGGAAACAAUUUUGGAAACAUCAAAAAUUAAUAUAAAGAAAAGAGGUGAUCAGACCAAUGAUAAUGAAGAGCAUGAUCAUGAAGGAUACAGGAAAACAGAUGAAAACCCUGAAGGUUUACCUGGGCUUCUUACUGUUGAAGAAAGGAAAAAGAUAGGUCGACUCUGUAAAUUACUUAUUGACCAAGGCCGAAUCCAAUAUUUACAACAGAAGGGAUAUGAUGCUUCUUUGCAGUACUAUACAGAUUCUCUAGUGUCUUUAGAAAAUGUCCUGUUAACGGCUUUACCCAAACAGUCUUCAACACCAGACUCAACUACAUGAUGAAAGAAAAAUUGUGAACAGUUCCCACUGGAAAAUUUUAUAACCCUUCUCUGAAUGUUUUAAACAGUUAAGAUCAUUUAUACAACAGUUAUGGGAAAAAUGUCUCCCACAAAAGUAAGAUUUCAAAGUUUGGUUCUUUAUAUUCUUAAAAAAAAACCCAAAACAUUUUAAAUUACUGGUGAUACAACAUGUUUAUAUGUUGUAAGUUCCUCAAAUUUUGAUGUUUGUUUUCAAAGGCUUCAGAAUUGCUGAUGUUUAGAUCCUCAAAAUAAUCUUCUUCAGUAGGUCAUCUUGAGAUAUUUUAUUCAUCAUUAUUUACAGAGACCGGCAAAACUGUUGGACAAUUUUCUUUGUUUUCUGAAACACAAAAGCAUUCAUAUACAUAACCCAAAGUGCCUAUUUGCAUAAACUUUGCAAGAAUUUAAUUUUUGAUUCUUAGCAAAUUUCUAUUGUAUCAUUUUUGAAUCUAUAUCUCUACAAUAUGUAAUAAGCAAAUAUAUUUUUAAAGGAUUUUUUUUUUUAGAACUAGGGAAAAUUCCAGAAUUUCUGAGAUAAAUAAAGGUUUGUUGAGGAUAAAUCUAAGAAAAGCAACUAGGUUAUGUUUGGAAACAAAUAUCCACAGCUUACUUCAAUCAGGUUAUGAAAUUAGUAUCAAUAAGAUCACUUUUAGAUAGGUUUUGGAAAUAUCUACAUCAUAUCAGAAUUUAUAAAUGACCAAUACCAGAAAAGGAAAAAUGUUUACCAAAAAUACAGGUGUUGUAUUAUAUUUUUACCUAAUAAUGAGCUAGUUGGGAGUUCCACAAAUAACCACUUUCUGUAAUCAACUGGCUUUUACCAAUAUCCCAGUGUUGUUUUUAGUUUGAGAAAAGGAAAUUAAAGAGAAUUAGGUAGAAGAAUAAAAAAUAUUUAUUUCUUA